AUGUCUUUUGGAUUCUCCGUCGGAGACUUCAUAACUGGUGCGAAUCUUUGCUACAAAUUAUUCGACGCCUUAUCCGGGACGCAAUGUCCAUUUGAAGCAUACAGAGAGGCUCUCUCUGAGAUAGGUGAUUUACAAUGCAUGUUUCUCAGAGUACGCCGGAUAUUUGAAAACCAAAAUCUACCUCAGGAAACAUUAAAUUCAGCGUCGCACAUUGUCCUAUCUUCUGUCAAGUGGACUAGAAGAUACUUAGAGAGGACUGAGAAGUUGAAAAAAAGGCUGGGAUCCGAUAGAGGAGCGAGUAGGGUUUCGGAUAGUUGGCAGAAAAUAGGAUGGUCUUUAUUUGGCGAGGAUGAGUUGAAGAGCUUGAGGGACCAGAUGCAGUUGAAGUUGAGCAGUAUUACGCUAUUGCUCACAACAGCACAAUGGUAAGUACAGCUUCAAGUACUACCAGGCGAAGAAUAACAUCUAAGAGAAUGCCAGUCAAGGAAUAAUGCCACAAACAUUUAACUAGCACCAAGUUUUCAUCAACAAAUAUCAAGUCCUGGACCCAAUAAAUGGGGUAAAGAGCUUCUGGUUCGCCCCAGCAACAGAAGCGAGUGAUGCUAGAAGAAGCGAAAAGAUUUCAACAGAUGAAGAGAAGUCCACGGCAGAUAUCCAAACAGGAUUAGCGACACCAUCAAAGGACAUCUCACCAAAGAAACCUAUCAGGUUUAAAGACGCAGUAGGAAGAAAGUUGACAUUCCCAUUUCAUCUCUGUUCAACAUGGGCAGUAAGUACAAUGCUAUAUCACGCCAACGCUGUAUACUUACUUAUGUAUAGGGAAUUCAAGAAUUGAUAAAAGAAGCUUUUCUUCAUGUAGAAAUAAUAGGUCCACAUGUUAAUGAAGGUCAUUACGAUCUCAUUGGUCCUAGCGGAGAAAUCAUCUUGCCACGAACUUGGGAAACAACGAUCCAGGAAGACUGGCUUAUAAGUUAUUACGAUGCACAUGUGGCCCAUGCCAGAUCUCGAAAGGGCUCAUGGUAA